UUUUCCCUUUGGGGCGGAUCACGCGACAAAGUACAUUUCCCUUGAUGGCCCUGGAUUUCACCCUGACAUCCUCGACCGUAUCUCAUAAUGGCGUACAACGCCGUUUCUCAAGCCGACCUCGAGGUGGCCUCCAACGCGACCGAUUCUGAUGCUUCCCUGGGUUCGUCGCCGCACAAAUCGACCUUCCAACAACUGCCUUUAGAUGGCGAUCAUAUUGGAGGAGGGAAUUAUCUGCAACCAGCCAAGAGUGCAGAGGACUCUAGUAUUGGUCGGUUAGGUUCGUUGAUCCGGUCGAUGACCUCCACAAGCUACGACAUGGUUGAGGAAGAUGACUACGAUAUCGCCGAUCCUCCGACAGACCGGAGGUCGAAUAGUCUCCGUCGCCUUGCGCCGCUAGACACUAGAGCUGUCCACGUCGGCUCCCCUGAACCUCCCCUGCGAUCUCCAAUCACUGAUACUCCUACUCCUCUCAGCCAUCCUACCCCAGACCUCCAAUCGCUACAAGGUGCCUAUCUGAAUAAUGUAGAAAGAUUGGAGAGGAGUGCCGAACAACUUAGCUCAAGCUCGGCAGAUAUCGGCAGUGAAAUUCGCAAGAUGGACCGUGAACAGAAGAGGCGCUCGGUUAGUUCGGUCUCCAAUUCAGUGCGCGACAGUAACCCCAUGAAGGGAACGGUACCAUCCAGCCAAGGGUCUAUUAUUUCUGCAUCUCGGUUGGCUCAAGUCUCCGAACAUAAGCCCGAAGAACAUUACGUCCCAUCCAUAAUGCGAGUUACCAACGAUCCUGCCCCCCCCUCUACUCAGCCUCCUAUUCUCCCUGAGCCCGACUUCGCCUAUUAUGAUCAGUAUAGCCAUAUCCCGGAUGAAAUUCAACGACCAUCUUCGGCUGCAUCGGGCGACACUUUUCAACAAGCUAGAGUUCUCUUCACCGACUUUGAUGGCGUGCAUUAUGUUCCCCAGGACAGAGGCCAGGUGCCGGGGCGACAGGUAUCCUUGACGAGGCCGCCGCUUGCGAGCGGGCCGGAGUCGUUCAAGGAGCCGCAGACGGGGGAGGAUAUGGUUUAUUAUCCCGCUCCGGUACCCAUGAGGCUUAAUUUACCUCCCCGGCUGUCUCAGAAGCCUAGUUCCGAACGAGAAAAGCGUCGCACGCGAUUACUUGGCCCGGUCCUAGCCGAAAACCGAAAGUCGGCUCCUUGGCUGUCUGGACAGGCUCUAGGCGAUGUAAGCGAUCACAAUCGUGAGAAGCAGCCGGCGGAUAUACCCCCACAGCUUCGCGCCAGUGUCUUUUUUGAGCAGCCCGCCGCGCCACUAGACGUAGAGGUGAAACAGGCUUCGGCAGUAGCCACACUUGACAGCAUUCUUGACGCCUCAACAAGUGCACCAGUUACCGCCUUCACCGAUCACCCGUACGCUGGCCCCGUUGGCUCAGAAGUGUAUGCCAAACACAAGGCAUCCUCUAAGGACUUAGCUGCGCAGAGGAAUAAACACAUGUCGAGGAGUACCCUCCGAGUCGAUCAUCCAUCUUCUGAAUCAGAUGUUAGAGUAGGUUCUUUCGCAUCACAUCACUUGCACAACCAAACAGAAAGCGAUGCCGCGGACUUGCCCGAAGGCACGUCGUUACGUGACAGCGCUCAUGAUGGGCACAAUGUAGAGCACGAUUCCCAGAAAGACGACAAGGAAGAAGGCAACGAACAAGAGGUUCCCUUUACUGGUCCACCAUCUACUCUAUUAGCUGAACUUGAGAUGAGAAAGCACGAGCUGCGCCAGCGACAGCGGACUGCCGCUACUUCUAUAGGAAUGCAUUCGACGCUUCUCCAGCUUGAUGCUGUUGCCCAGAAGCAAAGUGAACAUAGGCGGCAUCGGCCUGUCACCCUUGCUUGGGAAGAUCCUGAUGUUACCAAACAAGAUGAUGACGGCGACGAUGAUGUGCCCCUUGGAAUGCUCUUCCCCGAGAAGGCUACUGCUGCCGAUGACAACCGGCCAUUGGGUCUUAUGGAGAGGCGUCAAUUAGAAGAGAGUGAGCCCUUGAGUAGACGUCGCGCGAGAUUACGGGGCGAACCACCCCCACCUCCGGCACGCAGCCCUGACAACCGUCCGACUACUAUGUACACGCAGAAUCCGCAAGAGCCCGCCACCGACGAUAGUGGUGAUGAGGGAGAGACUUUGGCCGAACGCCUGAAGCGAUUAAAGACUAAGGACCGCCGGAACACUGCGACAGGAAGUGAAUUUGCCGAUGAAAUUCUUGCGGAGAUAGAUCACAUGAAUGGAGACGACAAGGAGAAAGGAGACGAAGAGGUACAAGAAGAGGAGACGCUGGGCCAACGUCGAGCACGCCUUCAGAAGGAAUCGGAGUCGCGGAAUUCAACUUUGAAGGUUCCCAGGUACCGAAGGAGUAUGGCGGAUCUCCUCCAUGCCCGACGACCGGUCACUGAUGGACGGCCAGCUUCCAAGGAAGCCGCACUACACCGUACUUCGACUUAUCAACCGCCGUACGGCCAUCGAAUGUCUUUCCAACCCUCGACUCAUCUAGGACAACCGGUGUCAUCGAGAUAUCCUCAGUACCAAGGGAACGCCAGGGCUAGCUCUCUCGGCUAUGGAGCCGCCCACCCCAAUACAUUCUACAGUGAUGCUAUACUGGGCAUGAACCAUUUGAGCUAUGUUGCACCGACCAGUUACCAGCAAAAGGUUGCACGAGCUGGUGCUGAGACGGGGCAACGUGAAAUUAUUGACCGCUGGAGGCAGAGUAUAGUAUAGUAUAAAGGCCUUUUGGAAAUUUUUUUUUUUUCAUUCUUUCAUUCCCAACUUCCCCCCCCUCACUAUAUCUCUCUUAAUCACCACGUCUUGAAUUUCCUUGCAUUAGUUAAAGGAUUGAUGGGUCUCUUGAGCGUAUAUUAUUAUUUAUGACGGUUGGAAGCAUGAGCCAUUGUGGUUUCCUUGUAGAUUAGCGAACGCUUUGCAUUGCAUGGAUGUAUAGUACUCAUAUUAUCUUACUUUUCGGUACUAGUCAAGUUGAAUGACUUAGUGGAUGGGACAAUUUUUGCCCUUUGCUAUCCUGUAUUGAGGAUCCUUAGGAUACGGACUUUGAAGUAUGGCAAGCUUUUAGUGUCUGCCAAUUCAGACCAAUUUGUAAUGAGACCAUUUCCAGUGCCACUGAUAAUUUUUUAUUUUCCUCACCCCUUUCUCUUUUCUUUUUUUAUUUCCCCUUCCCAGAGUGGCAU